AUGGCCGCAUCAAGUACCCCGGCGUCCCCAACCAAGAAGCGCAGACGAAGAGCUCCUGCAACCGGAGCGGCUGAGGAUUGCUUUAGCUGCCGCUCCGCCGGCAUCAAGUGCGAUAGGCGACGGCCCUACUGCGGGCCAUGCCUCGAAGGCGACCAGACAUGCAAAGGCUACCGAACUCAACUUACGUGGGGUGUCGGGGUUGCGAGUAGGGGAAAGCUCAGGGGCUUGUCACUGCCGGUGCUCAACGCCGAAGGGAAGGCAAAGAAGGCUAGGACGGCAGGCGCGGGGACUCCGAAUUACGGAGCAAAUCAGAAGCAGCAACAGCAGCAGCAGCGCACGUCACCUCCGUUGACGGCAAGCGUCAGCAAACUCAGUGUCAUCACGAGCUAUGAUUUCGUCAACAUGGAACCGCCGUCGAACUCUGCAGUAUCCCGUGCACCAUCAUCGGCGAUGUCUGCGACACCGCAAUCAGCGAUCUCGCAACACCAUCAUCAUCAACAUCCCCCGGCGCCGCAAGCCCAACAGCAGCAUUACCAGGCAUCCUCCCCUUCCGGCAAUGCGCAAUACCACAAAUCCCCUUACUCCCAUGUCUCCCUGCCUCAGCAACAGGCCCCGUCGAUGCUGCUGUCGCCGAUGUCGGAGUACGAGCCGAGCUUCAACAAUGGUCCCCAUCACCACCAUUACCCAAUCUCCUCCGCCCCUGCGUCUGCCCCAAUGUAUGAAAUGGUCUCGGGGGUGACGAGUGCAUCAUACCACGGGUCACCGUCCAUGACGGCCACUAGCAGCGGUGUCUCUUACGCGCCUAUGACUGCCUCGGUGCACGCACCGGCGCCGCGCAUGAUGCACAGUGGUCAUGUCCACCCAAACGGACAGUCGUGGAAUGGGCCAAACAUGGGAGUAGGCAAUCUUCAUCACCAACAUGUACCCCCGGGCCACAACAACCUGUCCGACCUGUUGUACGAUGAAGAUAUGCUCGGUACCGUGCCCGGGUACCGUCAGUCCAUUCCAGCGCAUGCGCCGAUUAAUCCGUCCAACUACCAUCGCCGGCAUCGGGGAGAUGUUCGAGAACUCUCCCUAGGCCCGGUUCUUCCACCUCCGCAGCUUGCACAUCUUGAUCCGUUCCUGAGGUUCCUGAUCGACUAUUACGACAAGUCGGUCUGUGCGGCGGUCGUUGUGUUUGACGGACACAACAAUCCUUUCCGCCGCCAGAUCCUACCGAUGGCCUUUGAGAACCCGGCACUGCUCGAGGCGAUCUUUGCGUUGUCCCGGAGCCAUCUCCAGUCCCGUAAGAGGAUGGGGUUGCCGACUGUCAGCCAUCCGGAAAGUCUCAUGCCGACAUCACCGCAUUCCCCCUACCGGAAUUCUGAUGACUAUCCUUCGACAACGACGCCGCGCGAUUCGUCGGGAGUGCACGAGACAUCCGACAGCGCGUUGCACCACAAGAACAACUGCACCAAGCUCCUCCAACACCAACUCACCGACCCCGUGUUGUCGAAAGAGGAUUCGGUUUCGGCAACCCUUCUCAUCUUGCUACUGUAUCACAUCUGCGACACGGGUGUUGGGAUGUUCAAAACCCAUCUUGCAGGUGUGAAGCGGUUGAUGAUGAUGAGGGAGGUUGGCAAGGAGACUGGUCGGUGGGGGUGGAUGGAGACCGUCUUCUGUUGGCUGGAUAACAUGUGCAGCUCAAUCAACAACCGGGAAGCCCAGCUUCGGGGUGGCUAUCUGGACAUGAUCCAUGCUUCCACCGACGAAUGGAGCCUCGAGUCACUCACCGGAUGCGAUCGCGAUCUCUUUAUGCGUCUUGCCGGACUGGGGAGGAUCAACAUGCUGAGCCAAGAGCCGGCGGGGCCCGCAAUCAAGAACGAAAUCGAUCCUGCCGACGAGGAGGAUGAUGGAGAGUCGGAACCCGCACGGAACGAGAACGACGGGAGGAGCGACUUCUGGUUGGCUUGGAAUGCCAUGAAGUCAGACCUGUACGAAUGGAAGCCGACCACUCAGUACGCGGCGACCUCCUCUCAGAUAAACCCCGUGGAAGUCAAACGCGAGUCUUCGAUGAGUCCUCCGGCGGCGUCACCGCCUGUUUUCGCGAGGACACCACCGAGCGCCCACGUGAGAGCCCUGGAGGCGGUCGAAAUGAACCACUGGUUGCACGCCUGCAACGUCUAUCGCUACGCUGCGAUAUUAUAUCUCGACAGACUCGCCUACCCGCAUCUUCCGUCAUCGCAUUCGAUAUUCCAGAAUACCGUCCGCGAAGUCCUCGACCACGUUGCUUGCAUCCCCUCGAACGGGUUGGGCAGCAGACUCCUAUGGCCCUUAUUUAUCACCGGGUCCGAGUGUGUGAUCGACGCCCACAAGACGCUUAUCCGCGAGAGGUGUCUGGAAAUGCAACGCGACGUGGGAUUCUUCAAUAAAUUUUCUGGCCUCGACGCCCUGGAACGGAUCUGGAAGGAAGAUGACGACGAUGAUAGUGCCAGUGGGUUAUUUGCUGGAUCUCGAAGGACCGGGAGGGCCGAGAACCGCAGCAUUGGUGGCAGAGGUCUUCGCUGGAGAAAGAUCAUUGCCUCGGACGAGAUGGAAUACCUCAUGGUCUAA